UCCAACAAGAUGUCGGCUUUCUUUCGUUCUGCAGUUGUUGUUAGGAAAAUCCUCCCUUUUUCUCGUUCUGCAGUGUAUGGCCAGUCUCCUGUUUCGUUGAGAAAUGGCUUAUUGUUUGCACGAGCUGCAUCGGGAAGAAGUGUUUUAACAGAGAUCGAGAAGAAGAAGAAAGAGGCUGAACUUGGUGGAGGACAGAAAAGAAUUGACACACAACACAAAAAGGGUAAGCUGACUGCCAGGGAGAGAGUUAAACUACUUGUUGAUCCUGAUUCCUUUGUUGAAUAUGAUAAAUACAUGGAACAUAAUUGUACUGAAUUUGGUAUGCAGGAUAACAAGUUUACAGGCGAUAGCGUAGUUACUGGACAUGGUACAAUCAAUGGAAGGCUUUGCUUUGUGUUCAGCCAGGAUUUUACAGUCUUUGGCGGUAGUUUGUCAAGUGCCCAUGCUCGCAAGAUUUGCAAGAUUAUGGACAAAGCCAUGUUAGUAGGAGCACCAGUAAUAGGUCUCAAUGAUUCUGGUGGGGCUCGCAUUCAAGAAGGUGUGGAAUCUCUUGCUGGAUAUGCUGAUAUCUUCCAGAGAAAUGUAGAGUCAUCAGGAGUUGUACCACAGAUAUCRCUCAUUAUGGGUCCUUGUGCUGGUGGAGCUGUUUACUCUCCAGCUAUCACUGAUUUUACUUUCAUGGUCAAGGAAACAUCCUACCUGUUUAUUACUGGCCCAGAUGUUGUUGAGACAGUUACCAAAGAGAAGGUGACACAAGAGGAGUUAGGUGGAGCCAAGACACACACAUCAGUAUCWGGUGUUGCUUCAGGRGCUUUUGAAAAUGAUGUUGAAGCUAUUGCAGCGAUAAGAGAGUUUGUUGAUUUUCUUCCACUGAGCAACAAAGAUCAGUCACCCAAAAGAGAAAAUGAUGAUCCAUGUGAUCGUCUUAUCCCAAAUCUGGAUACAUUGGUUCCAUUUGACUCCAAUAAGCCUUAUGACAUUCUUGAUGUUGUCUAUCCAGUGCUGGAUGAUGGUGACUUCUUUGAACUCCAACCUAAUUAUGCUAAAAACAUUGUCAUUGGUUUUGGUCGUAUGAAUGGUAGGACUGUUGGCAUUGUUGGGAAUCAGCCAACUGAACUUGCAGGGUGUCUUGAUAUUGAUGCAUCAGUGAAAGGAGCUCGGUUUGUAAGGUUCUGUGAUGCUUUCAAUAUUCCAAUUAUUACAUUUGUAGAUGUACCAGGAUUCUUACCAGGAACACAUCAAGAGCAUGGUGGUAUCAUUCGUCAUGGUGCUAAGCUAUUGUAUGCCUAUGCUGAGGCUACUGUACCCAAGAUUACCGUCAUUACCAGGAAGGCUUAUGGUGGUGCUUAUGAUGUCAUGAGUUCCAAGCAYCUGAAAGGUGACUUUAACUAUGCAUGGCCCACAGCAGAAGUAGCUGUAAUGGGAGCACAGGGCGCUGUUUCUAUCAUUUUCCGUGGAAAGAAAGACAUUAGUAAGUACACACGGCUCAUUUUACUAAAUGUUGCAGAACCAUUUGUGAAAUUUUGUGUUUUUGUUUCAGAAAAAUAUGAGAAUGAGUAUGUGGAUCGGUUUGCYAACCCUUUCCCUGCUGCAACAAGAGGUUUCGUUGACGACAUCAUUGAGCCGCGCAUGACAAGAAGAAGAAUUUGUGAGGACCUCGAGGUUUUGGCRACAAAGAAACGAGAAAACCCUUGGAAAAAGCACGGGAAUAUCCCUCUCUAGAUUCACAAGGUUAUCAAUAUCAAAUGAGAUAAAGAAAUARAUCGUUUUCAAUUGAGAGUAAUUUCUAUAAAAUUGGCUAAGCGAAAAGACCCCGAACUGAUCUAAAGGUAGACUAAGUUAUUCCAAAAAGUAAGGUUAACGUACGGAAAAAAAGGAAAAUUAUCAGUAAUGCUAACUUCAUAUUUUAUAUACAAACUAUUUUAGGAAGACACGAGUGAAGUGUUGGGCAAGUGUUUAAAAGUGAUGUUUAUUGUAAUUUUGUCAUAAUUUAUUUUCUUGGAAGGCACACAGUUGUACAUGUAUACCUUUUUGACUGAAUUUUUUGGAAAAAAUGUAGGAGCAAAUCCAGCAUUGUAUAGGAAGUAUAUGCAGUAUAUAUUAUAAAAGCAUAAUUUAUAGUAUAUUGUUUGCACUCUAUURUAGAGUACCCAGUAAAACAUUAGUUAGUCUUUAUUUUACUUUUUUAAAAUCCUCGACUUUCAAUCGAUCGUGUUCAUCUAACCACCUGUACACUAAUAUACGUGUAUCAAGAGUAAGGCGUUACAUCGAGCAUGAUGAUCAAUGAUUUAAAUAAACUACUGAAACAUCGA